AUGGCAUCAGAAGCUCGGACCUCCACCGAAAUCAAAAAAGUCCAACACCCAGAACCCGAGCUAGAUCUCCAAACCUCAUCCAAAGAUCCAGAAAAACAACCCCCAACCUCGGAUUCCAAAGAAACCCAAACAAAAGAAGAUCCCGCCCCUUCAUCUCAAAAACUUGAACACGCAGAAACAUGGGGCACCUUUUACGCAGACGUAGGCGACGCGGAAUCGCAACAAGAACGACAAGAACAACAAGAAGAAGAACCACCCCAAGACGUCGAACCACAAACUCGAAGACAUAGAUUCUGUAAAUGUCUAUGCAUCAUAAUGCUCCUCUUCAUAAUCGUGGCAGCAAUAGGAGGAGGUCUCAUAUCGUACGGUGCUAUGGGAUGCUUUAAAAAGGAGAAUAAGGGUAAAAAGAAGUGCUUGGGAAAAGGAAGGAAUUCCAAAACCUCGGAUGCAAGCUUCGUUAGCAUGAAGGGUUCGUGGGGGACGUAUAUGGUUAUGUUUUUGUUUGAGAUUAUGAUGUUUGUGAUCUUUUAA